ACAAUGCAUAAUAGUCAUUAGCCCCAACACCCCCAUGUUCCAACUUCCCAAACUUGUCUCUCAUCUCAUGUCCCCACUCUUCUACUUUCUAUAAAUAUACCCUUUUCCCCUUAACUUCUCAACUACUCCUCAUCCUAACUCUUCAUCUCAUCUCAUCUCAUCCCAAAAAAAAAUGUGUUCAGCUAAACCAAAAUCUCAGCAACUCACUAUGCCUAAAAUCAAUGGCCGCCCUGUUCUUCAACCAACAUGUAAUCGAGUUAUUUCGAGCUUGGAAAGACGAUCACCAUCGAUCAAAAAGAGCUCAAUAAAGUCUCCAACAACACCUCCUGUUUCUCCCAAGAUGCCAUCUCCAAGACCACCAGCUAUCAAGAGAGGAAAAGAUGUUAAUGAAACUAGUGUUACACCACUUUUCAUGACUAAAUCUUCUAUCAACAAUAAUGAAGUGAUCAAGAAAAAGAAAUCAAACAAGUUAAGUAGUGAUCAUGUUGUUGUUGUUCUUAAUGUUCCUAUUGAGAGUUGUUUGUUAGUUGAGGCACCAGGAAGUAUUGCAGCUGCUAGGAGAGAACAAGUUGCAACUAUGCAAGUACAAAGAAAAAUGAGAAUUUCCCAUUAUGGAAGAACAACAUCUAAGUCUUCUUCUAAACCCGAUUUUUCGGUUUCUGCUGGUGCUGGUGCUGGUGCUGGUGUUGUUGUUAAUAGAGAACAAAAGAGAUGCAGUUACAUAACACCUAAUUCAGAUCCUAUUUAUGUUGCUUACCAUGAUGAAGAAUGGGGUGUUCCUGUCCAUGAUGACAAGUUGUUAUUUGAGUUGUUGUUACUUACUGGAGCUCAAGUUGGAUCAGAUUGGACUUCAGUCUUGAAAAAAAGGCAAACAUUUAGGGAUGCAUUUUCAGGAUUUGAUGCAGAAAUAGUUGCUAAAUACAAUGAAAAGAAAAUCAAAUCUAUCAACACAGAAUACAAUAUUGAGUUGAGUCUCAUUAGAGGAGUUGUUGAUAAUGCUAAUAGAAUUCUUGAGAUUAAGAAGGAAAUGGGGUCAUUGGAUAAGUACUUAUGGGGAUUUGUGAAUCACAAACCAAUCUCAACACAAUUCAAACUAUGUCAAAAAAUACCAGUGAAGACCUCAAAAUCAGAAAGUAUAAGCAAAGACAUGGUGAGAAGGGGUUUUAGGUUAGUGGGGCCAACAGUGAUUCAUUCACUCAUGGAAGCAGCUGGCAUAACAAAUAACCAUUUAGUCACUUGCCCAAGACACCUUCAAUGCAUUGACUUGGCCUCUAAGACUUACUCUAUGAAAGAAAGUAACUAGAAAGUAACCAAAUGAGACUCUCUCAACUCAAUAUUGUAUUAUAGUAUAUGGUGAAAGAAAGGAAAAAAAUCAAAGUUGGUUAAUUUGCCAAUUUGGGUUAGUUUAGUGUAAUAAUAGUAUUAGUUUUUAGGAGAAAUUAUGUGAUGAUGGGAUAAAGAGAAGAAUUUUGGGGACAGAUAGCAUGUGAAGAUGGCAGGAAAUGGCUCUAUCAUGACAUGUGGUGGUCACUGGUCACUGGUCACUGGUCACUACUCACUACUCACUACUCACUACACAUCAUCAGAAGAAAUGAAUCAAAAGAGAGUGUGGACAAUGCAUAAGAGUGGUCAAUUUUUUUCAGAAGGGCACCAAAGUUGUGUUCUUUUCAUGCCAAGUCACCACCAACAAAAAUAUCAUCAUUAAUCAAUGUUUAAACUAAGUUUGUCAUUGUUGCUAAUCUUUUAACAUGUUGGCUUUAAUUAAUUAAUUUGUGGUAUUAUUGUAUAAAAUUAGCUUUUGGUAUAAUAAGUUUAGUUUGAGCUCUUGUAGUAAAAUUAAAAAAAAAAAAUGAGGAAAGUUUGUUUCAAUAUUA